AUGUCGUUAACGUCUUUCCCUACGCCUGGGAAAGGCAGUUUUGCUAAACGAGAUAGAAUACCAAACUUAGGACAGCAACAUUCACUAGACAGCUCUAGGAAAUCAGGAGGUUUGAGUCAGUUGUCCACAAAUUCAGACGGGACUCUCACACGCAGAAAAGCAUUGGCAUCUCUCAACAUUGCAGAGAACGUCACAGUCCCAAACCGAGAUCCUUUUAGCAAGGCCGGUAAGAUUCCGGGAAUAUCUGGAAGCAAUCUCUCUAAAACCAAGAGACAUAACCACGAGGUACCAAAGAGUGCCUUACACACUGAACUCCCAAGAAAGGAUCCAUUCACAAAAACCGCUAAAAUCCCGGAAAUAUUGGGAAGCGACCACGGAAAGACCAAAAGGCAUGACCAUGAUGAACCAAAAACUGUCGUAGAAAAAGGACUUCCAACAAAAGAUCCUUUCACAAAAGUCGCAAAGAUUCCAGGAAUUUUAGGGAGCGAAAGCAGCAAAACCAAGAGGCAUGAUCAUGAUGAACCGAAGAGUGUUUUGGAAAGUGGACUUCUCUCAACAAAAGAUCCUUUCACAAAAGCCGCAAAGAUUCCUGGAAUAUUGGGAAGCGAGUAUGGAACGACCAAACGGCAUGACCAUGAUGAACCAAAGAGUGUCUUGGACAGUGGUCUACUCUCAACAAAGGACCCUUUCACAAAAGCCGCAAAGAUUCCCGGAAUAUUGGGAAGUGAGCAUGGAACGACCAAACGGCAUGACCAUGAUGAACCAAAGAGUGUCUUGGACAGUGGUCUACUCUCAACAAUGGAUCCGUUCACAAAAGCCGCUAAGAUUCCUGGAAUAUUGGGAAGCGAACACGGAAAGACCAAGCGACACGACCAAGUCGUUCCAAGCAGUGGCUUUGAUCAAGGACAGCAAUUUCCAUCCGAUGCAGGUCAAGCAUCCCUUCAGCCAGCUGAAAGCCUGGGUAAAAUAUCAACGGGAUCAGACGGUACUCUCUUGCGUCGUAAAUCCCUGGCACCCAUUGGCAGUGGACAUGAUACAGAAGUUAUAUCAGGAGACUUGUCCCCGAAAGCUGUCAAAACUCUAGGUACAGUUGGAAGCGCAGCAGGUCAUAAGAAACACAAGACUCAAGAGAUGGACAUCCGCAAAGAGCUUGGCACUCGAGUCACCGGGGACUCUGUUGGGGUAAUGGGUGAAGAGGCAUUCUCGUACCAAAGUACAGACGAGGAGGAGUUCUACCUGAAGCACAUACUUGCACAGGAGAAGCUCAGGAAUAAAGGUCUCCAACAACACGAGGUCACAGAAUUACAGCAGGGUCAGGAUGUAAGCACCGGAGUAGACAAGGGCACUGUCGGACAAACCAGCAAGAAAACAAAGAAAAAAGACAAGAAAAAAGGCAAGACGGAUAAAGGGAAGAAGAAAGUCACAUCAUCAGUAUGGCCAAAUGUGACAAGAGGACGCAAGUUUGAAGACAUGCCCUACUUCCGCCAAAUUAGAAUGAGGUACCCCAAUGAUCCUUACCAUGGAUUACCCCCCUGGGCCAAGUUCUUCCCCACACCACCGGGACACGAGAAAAUGCCAAUUCCCGAAAUGUACCAGGGCGGAGCCACAGCAUUCGACAUGGCUGCUGAGUACGACAGAAUGUAUGGAGCCGGCGGGUCAUCGUACGGAGGAGGCUACGAGGGAAUGCAGUAUGGUCAGGAUGUUGGUGACGUGUACCAGGGGACGUACGGGGGAAUGUAAGCAAGGGGAAUCGGGACUAAAGGUAUCAGAGAAAACAAUAAAGAAACCGGAAAAAACAAUAAGGAUAUUUCAGUAACAAGCAAGGAUAUUUCAGAAAAAAACAUCGAUAUCAGAAAAAAGCAGCAUGGAUAUUACAGAAAACAACAAGGAUAUCAGGAAAAAAACAAUAUGGAGAUUUUAGAAAAAACAAAACACAUCGAUAUCAGAAAAAACAGCAAGGAUAUUUCAGAAAAAAAGAAAGAUAUUUCAGAAAAAACGUGGAAAUCAGAGAAAACAACAAGAAUAUCAGAGAAAGGCUGCAGUCCCCACAGAUCGGCAUGGUUCCCAAGGAAAUAAAGUAUACCCACUUGUUGGCCCAGAAACAAAGGUACCAGGUGCUCAUCACGCGCGGGAUCUCCGCGUCGUGCCGAGUGUCCAUUCAACAGUAUGAUAGUUUAACACAAUGUAAAUUUUGAAGAAAACUUUUAAGCAUACAAAUAUGAAACAUGAUAAAUAGGAUACAGAAGAAAGAUAAUCGGUUGAUGUUAACUGAAUGGUAAAAAAGGGGAAAGAAAAUGAAAAAAAAAGGAGAAGAUAGCGGUUUUUCGUUUGGAAUUUGGAGGUGAGCUCUGUCAAGCAUGGUGUUGACAAAAUCUGGCUAAAUUAUGAUGUAAACCUUACUAGAUAAUCGUAUUAAUUUGCACUCCAUCAAGAUAGAAUCUAUAUCAGAGCUUGGUAGAGAAUUCUUGAAGUGAGCUCUGAGAAGGUAGAGAAUGUAAAAAGAGUAGCAGAAAAUUUUGUCAAUAAUUUAGCACUGGUAAUGUACAAAAUGUCAAUCUUGGCAGAAAAACCCUUGUUAAAUAUUUGCAUAUGAUCGUACUUUGUCAAUGUUGAAAUAUAAAGCUUCAUGAAUAAUUAUAUUACGGAGAUCUUUCAAUUAAGAAUAUUUGUAAAAAUGUAGAAUAUAUAUAUAUACAUAUAUGUACACUUUGUCAAUGUAAACAAAUGUAAACCACAGUGGGAAAUGAAUUAACUCAUUCACCCCUGAAAUUUCAUAAUGAAUUAUUCCAACCUUCCAAUCUUCAGGGGCUAAUGAGUUAUAGAGCUCUUGACAAGGUUGAUAAUGUAAAUGAAGUUUAAAUAAUUGUACAUCUUAAAGUUGAGCUCUGGCAAUGUAGAAAAUGUAAAUAUUGGUUGAAAUGAUUGUAUUUGUACCAUGGAGCUCUGGUAAUGUAGAACAUGUAAGUUUCGGUACAGCAUUUUAAUAAUGAGCUCUGCUAAGGCAGUUGAUGGUGUUGAAAAGAAUUGUAUUAAUGUUUCUGUAUGAGAAUGAAAACCAUGGCAGAGAAUUUCCUGAGUGAACUGUUUCACAGUAGAGAGUAUUCAUCUGGAUAUAUAAUUACAAAAGCAAGUUCUUUCUUGAUGCAUAUACUAUAUUGCAUACAAACUCUUUAAAUUUAGGGGUAAGAUAAUUGUUGGUGAAGGUGUUUACCGAGUAAGAUAAAUUGUAUUGGUAAGUAAGUAGAAGUAAAGGUUUUACAUUGUAAGAUAAAGUGUAAUAGUAAGAUCAUUAACGGGGAGGUGUUUACAUAGUAAGAUAAUUCAAAGUGGUAAUAUCAGUGGUGGUGAAGGUGUUUACAUAGUAAGAUAACUUGCAGUGGUAAGAUCAUUGGUGGUAAAGCUGCUUACAUUAUCAGAUAAAUUGCAGUGGUAAGAUAAGUAGAAGUAAAGGUUUACCUCGUUAGAUAGAUAAAUUAUAAGUUUAAGAUCAUUGGUGGUGAAGAAGUUAAGAUUAUGAGAUAAAUUGAAUGGAUAAGAUCAUUGGCAGUGAAGGAGUUAACAUUAAUAGAUAAAUUGAAGGGGUAAGAUCAUUGGUGGUGAAGGAGUUAACAUUAAUAGAUAAAUUGAAUGGAUAAGAUCAUUGGCGGUGAAGGAGUUAACAUUAAUAGAUAAAUUGAAGGGGUAAGAUCAUUGGUGGUGAAGGAGUUACCAUUAAUAGAUCAAUUGAAGGGGUAAGAUCAUUGGUGGUGAAGUUAUUUACAUAGUAAGAUAAAUUGAAGCGGUAAGAUUUUUAGUGGUGCAGGAGUUAACAUUAUUAGAAUAUCGUGGUGGUAAGAUUAUUGGUGGUGAAAGGUGUUUUCAUUGUAAGAUCAAUUGUAGUGGUAAGUUAAUUGGCAGUGAAGGUGUUUAUCUUGUAAGAUAAUUUGUAGGGGUAAGAUAAUUGGCAGUGAAGGUGUUUAUCUUGUAAGAUAAUUUGGAGUGGUAAGAUAAUUGGGAGUGAAGGUAUUUAUCUUGUAAAAUAAUUUGUAGUGGUAAGAUAAUUGGCAGUGAAGGUGUUUAUCUUGUAAAAUAAUUUGCAGGGGUAAGAUAAUUGGUAGUGAAGGUAUUUAUCUUGUAAAAUAAUUUGUAGUGGUAAGAUAAUUGGCAGUGAAGGUGUUUAUCUUGUAAAAUAAUUUGU